AUGUUGAAAAAAAAGGGUCCAGAUUUGCCAGCUUCGCAGUCUUUUGCCAAGAAACACCGUGGAGAUAGCGAAUCUGAGUCGGAGGAGAGUGAUAUCAGUAGCGACGAGGAAAGCGAUGAGCAGGAUGAGAUCAAGAGUGAUGACAAGUCUGACGAUAAUUAUGAAACAGUCAAGAACGGGAAGGUCGUCCUGGAGAUUGACGAGCAUAGCGUUACGUGGGCUGAUGUGCUAGACGAGGAGGAAGAGGGGAUGGAGCGCGUUGAUAUUAGCCUUGGUGGGGAAGAAAUGGAGAUUGUAUUUUAA